AUGGAUCCUGUGACGGCAUUUGGGCUCUUUUCUGGUGCCAUACAGGUUCUGCAGGCUAUUGCCUCGACCGUUGGUGGCCUACGUCAGCUUACGGGGAAAUUGCGAGAGGCCGAUUUCACCAUCCAAUCCCUGAUUCAGGAGCUAGCGUGCAUUCGGACCGCACUCACCAGCCUCAAGGAGUGGCUCCGCAUCCACCGUAGUGGCAACGGUCGCGAUGGGACCAAACUCGAGGAGCUUGACCAGGACCUGGCUGUUGCCAUGGAUGGGUGUCGAGUUAUUAUGGAGGUCCUAUCAUACGAGGUCUUUGAGCUCGUUCAGAGCGCCGAGGAGAGCGGAGGCAUUAAGUUCAAGACCCGCAUGAAGGUUGUUUGGAAUGAAGAUACCAUGAGAGGGCAUCAGGAGAAGCUCCGUGCUCAAGUUCAAGCGCUACAAUUGCUACUUCAAGUCUGUCAAUGCCACUCAUCGACCGAGCAGGUUCGUCUGCUCAGAAGGGCGACCACUCGGCAAAUCAUAGGCAAAGUCGCUGAUGAUACUGCGACACUCAGAUCCGGUCGGCUAAGCCGUGUGGUAACCGACACAGACGUGAUAUCGCAGAGCAGCAGCCGGCGAGCUUUGAGCGAUCGCAUUUUUGAUUUUGACGCGACUAUCAUGAACUCGCCUGUGUAUCAACGGGCUUUGCAGCAAUGGACGACACCCAGUCUACCUCAGGAGACUCGGCCAUCUGAGCCGCCAUCAAGACAGCCCAGUAUCAGCGUCACCCAGGGCUCCUUCACUGAUGAAGGCUACAGCAGCUAUCACUCUGGCGGAUACAACAGCACUGCACUGUCCCCUGAAAUUGCUCAACAGCAAGAAAACUUUCUUGCUCUACCGAAAAGCCCUUCAGCGCCGUUACAUAGCAGGAGUAUCUCUCAUACACAGGUUCCAUUGCGACAAAAUGUCGGAAUCCGAAGAAUUGUAUCCGACUCAAAAGCUUUGACGCGAGGGCAAUCAUCUGGAUCCAAGCGAGAGAAAUUUUCCUCCUUGCUUGGACGUAUCAACACAAGCAGCCGCCGAAGCCUUAGGGUGUCGCCAGUGGGCUCGCAGAACAUACUAGCUUUGCCAAAUAGCAGGGAACGAGGACACCGACUACGACCGAGCUUCCAUACUAGUAUUGAUCUUACCAAAGAUGGCGCAUCGGUAUCUCCGCUUAUCAAAGCUGCCCAAUCGGGCUCUCGAGAUGAAGCAGAAAGACUCAUCGAGUUAGGUUUUGAUAUUGAAGAACGACAUGAACAAUCGGGCCGCAAUCCCCUCCUGGUCGCUUCACAUUGUGGUAAAGAGGGCGUCGUCGAUCUGUUAAUUCAAAGCGGCGCUCGACUAGCCGUGACAGAUGGAUCUGGCGAGACCGCUCUCCAUUUGGCCGCUUCGCGAGGGCACUGGGAAGUAAUGGAAUUGCUGUUGGUAGAUCGGAGCCUCAUCGAGACUCCAAAUCUCAAGGGCCGUACCGCAUUGCGUGUAGCGGCGGACUGUGGACAACCGGAUUCCGUACAGGUCCUACUCAUGUAUCAUGCUCAAGUGAACACUCGAGCCGAAAACCAGAUGACAGCCCUCCACGCUGCUGCAAAGCGCGGAGAUGGUGAGAUUGUACAGCUCCUCGUUGCUCAUGGCGCUGAUGUGGAAGCUAAGGAUGGAAUGAUGAUGACAGCGUUGCACUACGCUUGUGAAGAAGGUUACCUUGAUGCCAUACAGAUUCUCCUGGACCAUCGAGCGAAUAUCGAGGCCCGGGGUCGAGACCGCAAAACACCAUUGAUCUGUGCCGCCGAAGCCGGACGUGCCCACGCAGUAAAUUUUCUUCUCAAGAGAAGGGCAUCUUCGCGCAGUACCGACGAUAGUGAAAUGACGGCCCUCCACUGGGCGGCGUAUAAUGGGCAUGAAGAAAGCGUCAGAAUCCUUAGCGAAAAGAAAGGGCUGCUUGAUAUGGUCAACAGCGUCGGUCGAACAGCGUUACAUCUUGCGGUUAUUCAAUCCCAGUUUGCUGUUGUGGAGUUUUUACAGCGCAAAGGCGUUCCUCUCGAGAUGCGGUGCAAGACGGGUCUAACUGCCCUUCAUUAUGCAUGUAUGGCGGACAAUUUCGAGAUUACGCGGUUACUACUUUUGACAGGCGCUGAUGUCGAAGCGUCGGCGUCCCAGCACCAAGAGCGACCUUUACAUAUGGUCGCUGCUCGGGGCUCAUUAUUCCUUUUGGACCUACUCUGUGACAAGGGAGCGUCGCUCGAUGCGCGCAAUGGUGUUGGUGAUAGGCCCCUUUGUGUGGCUAGCCGGUUUGGGCAUGUUGAAGUUGUUCAGAAAUUACUUGAUCAAGGCUCACCGCUGUCUCUGAAAUUUGGCACAGGAUUCCGAGAAGACUCGCCAUUGUGUCUGGCCGCUAUGGGAGGUCAUUUGCACGUGGCUUCUUUAUUAGUAUCACGCGGCGCAUCUGUGUUGAAAAAGGAUGAGGCUGGGUGGCAGCCUCUUCGCUACGCUGCGUACUAUGGCCAACCGGAUCUUCUGCAGUUGCUCUUAUCAAGUGGCAAAGUGCCAGAUGCAGAUAUCGCGGAUACUAUCAACAUGCCAGACACAAUUGGAUUUUCUCCUGGUGUUACUGAGGAACGAAUGAAUCGUGUUCGACAGCUUCUCGAUGAAAAGCUCAGCCAUAAUGCCCGACGACCGAGCGAAGCAGCUCUAUCGAGUCAAAUCGGCGUCUUCCAAGGUGGGAGUCUACACGACUCACUAUCAGGGCCAUAUACAUCUCCUCCCACCUUACCUCCAAUAUAUCCGUCUGUAGCUGAAGCAGACAGUUCGACUCCUGUUGAACUUCCGGGCAGUUUGGAUCAGCAGACGUCCGGUCAGGCCAGAUCUGCUGAGAUCAGCCCAAGGACUGCUACGCCAGAAUCAAGGCCGUCCACCGAACAGCCGCUACCUUUGGCUAGUGACCGUGUCACUGCACUAUUGAGAGAGUCUAGAGGCGCAUCGCCUCUCAGGAAUCAACACAGAAGGCUGAAUGCGACUAGGAGUCGAAGUCGAUCACGCCCAACUGAAGCCCCUCUGGUUUCUGCGACAUACACACCUGCAGCAUCUUCGUCUUUCAUCUCACCACAGACACAUCAGGGAAGCUCCCAUAAUAAGCGGGGUUUAGCACAUCGGAUGAAGGACGUGGUUUCUAAGAACCAGGCACAUCCAUCUAAUUCAGCCCCCGAGCACCGAAAGGAGGCAGAACGGACUCCACGAACCAUUCCCACAGAAGCUUUUGCAACAGCCCGAGCUGGCUCUCAGACUCGUCCGCAAAAGCAAGAAGAUUAUUAUGAUACCUCUGAUUCCGACUCUAUAUCCUCCGUCUAUACCGCACCCGAGUAUGGGACUCCACCUGCCUCUACCGACACGGAUUGUAGUGAUGGAGUCCUGAACCGCGUAUAA